GUGAGGCUGCGAUCUGAACGAUCCAGAAGCGCAAUGCUCUGCACUCCCUCUCCAUCUCAUCUGAUGCUCGGACUUUGUGAUUGGACAUCCUGAGAAGGAUGACUGGGAAAACUCAAACCAGCAAUAUAACAAACAAGACAGAUCCUCGCUCUCUGAAUUCCAGGGUGUUCAUUGGUAACCUUAACACUGCUGUGGUCAAGAAAACUGACAUUGAGCUAAUUUUUGCCAAGUAUGGUAAGAUCACCGGCUGCUCUCUGCACAAGGGGUUUGCUUUCGUCCAGUAUGCCUGCGAGAGGAACGCUCGCUCAGCUGUGGUUGGUGAGAACACCAGGGUGCUUGCUGGACAGACUUUGGACAUUAACAUGGCUGGAGAGCCUCGUCCUUACAGGCCAAAAGUUGGAUCCAAGCGUCCCUUCUCCUUAUACAGUGGCUAUGAAUUUGAUUAUGAUUUCUACAGGAAUGAUUUCUAUGCCAGUAUUUUUGACAUUCGUGGGCGAUUAGCACCAUCACCUCGGGCUGCGAUACCUAUCAAGCAUUCCCGCUUGGUUGCAUUCUCAACACGCAGGACGAAAAACUCUUUCCAGCCAAAGAUGUCCACCUGCUCUUCUCUAAGAAGGCUGUCUUCAGUGAAAUCUGAUCAGCUCCUGACAAUCAAGAAAGAACUGUCUCAGAUCAAGAUUAAGAUUGACUCUUUACUGGGAAGGCUUGAGAAGAUUGAACGGAAGCAGUUAGCAGAAGCAGAAGCCCACUGGAAACACGAGAAGGCCUUUCGAUCUCUCUAUAGUGAGAUCGAAGAAAAUUCUGGAGAAGAUAUGGAUCAAGAAAGGGGGUCCUGGGACGUGACAGAUGAAGGUGAUGAUGGAUACAAAGAGCUGAUAGAAAACCCAAUAUCAGAUGUAGACAACUGAACAAGGACUGAGAGUGCAUCAUGUUUGGAAGAUAUCUAGCUAGAAUUGUUGGCAUUUCCAUGUCACACUGUUUAUUUAUUAAUUACUGUAAUGUAUGUAUGUAUGUAUGUAUGUAUGAAUGUAUAAAUGUAUGU